AUGUUUACCAACAGCCACGGAGAAAACAUUAACUCAUACGGUGACGAAAUUACCUGGUCCACCAAUACUUUCGAUGGAUGUGCGGUUGUGGACAGGAAACUAAAAAUAGGAGACGUGAUCGAAAUCUUGGUUGAAGGUGGUUUAAGUGGGGGACAUGUGGUUCUCGGGAUUACCACGAGGACGGACGACCAGAUCAAAGACUGCAUCAGAAGAGGAACUAAAAUAGACGCCUUGGCCACCACUCACGUGAAGGUUUUAAAAAAACAGGCCAGAUAUCGCCUGGAAGUGAACUCGAACAAUGAGAUAGUCCACGAGUUUUGGGGAAAGGUUACAAGAUUUCGAAUGGAACCAGGCUACAGCUUUAGGUUUUGUGCUAUGUUGCUUUUUGGGUUCAUGGAUGUCACAAUAAUAGGUGGUCAAUCGAGGAGAAUCCAAUGGUCUCCAGAACUGUGUGGCACCAACGUAAGCCUGUCAUCCGACAAGAAGAAAGUGAGCUUAAAAAUUGGAAACCCCCAUGCAGUUGGCGCAUGGUCCGACGCCCUUGUCCAAAAUAACAACAUUGGAUUUGAUGUUUCCUCUGUCAAUGCUCAUUGGUACUAUAUGAAGAUCUUUGUCAGCCCAAAGUCACCCUUUGAAGCAGCAACUCAAGGCUGGGAAAGCUUUAUAAAUAAUGAGCUGCAAACGGUAGUGAAGAUCAAAAAUCCAAAAGAACAGUUGAUCAUCACACUGAACGAUUCAACACUAACAUUCGUCGUGGGUGUCAAUUCUGUCCAUUCCUAUGCCGUCAACCUAGUUAGCGACAAAGCUAUCUAUUUAUACUUUGAGUUAUUCCGGGUGAAGCUGAAGGUAAAAGCCAAGGAAGAUAUAGACGUAUAUGAAGAUUCCUACAGCAGCUUUUACGACCCCUCGGUAUAUGAAGAUGCACAUGCAAAAAUGGUGAGGAUGAUUCUAUUUUACAAUAAGGGAGAGAGGGUAGAGAAUCCUGUUUUGAAAGUAAAGAAGCGCGGUGAAGUUGAGCAUUCUGAAAGAGCAUCGGCAAACUUGGACAGACUGAAUGAUGUCCUGUCCAAUCAAGAUACCGGGUCUUCUAAGCUGUCAGAAAUCUACCAGUUCAUUCAAAAAUUUGAUAAAGACUUGGCUUCUGUUGAAAGUCAAUACCUAGAGCCCGAGGGAGCCAGACCCCUACCAGAGAUUCCACACUCCCAAAAACCAAGAUAUAAGCCUAGCAAUAUAUCUUCUGAUAGUGGCAUUGGGUCAGCCAGUUCUCUCUGUAGUGCAUGUUCACCUAACGUCACGACCAGCUGCAGACCAAUGGGAGCAAUGGGCACCACGGAAAACCACUAUAACGACCUUUUUGAAAGAGCACCACCAGCACCUAAACUUCCAACAUUAUACGUGAGAGGCGGAAACGAAGACCUGCAAUUGAUGAUAAAGGAUUUGCAGAAGAGGGUAUCAGAUUUGGAACGUACGAAGAAGAUAACCAUUGCUUCGUCAGUUGAUCUUUAUUUGCUCGCUUGA